GGCAAUCAUGAGGCUCACCAUCAGAGGCGAUUGGCAGAAGUGACGCAGGAUUCAGAAUUGAACAGCGAUUUAAGGUUACAUUUGCAGCUGACAGUAGAAGUUUUUUAUAUUUCAUAAGACGGGAAUUGGAAAUGUGCUGAGUUUUGCCCAUGAGGAGAAGGGCCAUCACAGCAUGUGGAACUGCAACGGUUAAAGAGUGUCUCAAAACUAGAGAAUCUGCCUUUUCAGCCAACAAGGCAGCAGCUGCAACUGAACGGAGGCAAGGAGGAAGUCCCGCAGCUAUGGGAUCAAGGGCAGAGCUGUAAUACGCAAUUGGGCGAUGCUUUUCACCAUGCAGCUGAGAUACUCUCACCGAGCAGUUGGGAGGAGACGGCGGCUGGGUUCUCCGUGCACGAUGAAAGCAGCAGCAGAAGAGCCUGUGUAUGAGACCAUGGUCAUGUCAGACGUUCCUCGCCAGUCUUGUGGGAAGGGAAACCUUCCUGAGUCCUCCCCAGAGAGAUCCCGCAUCCUCCACGCUCUCCUCCUGCUGCUGAGCCUUCUCCUCGCGGCUUCUCUUGGUGGAGUCACAGCCAUGUAUUUCCAGGAGUGGCGGGAGAAGCACCGAGUAGCCGAAGUGGUUCAGAGAAUCCGAGACUUCUGGAAGGAAAACAGCACUGUGAACAUGUCUGUCCUGGAGCAGACGGGCCAGCAGCUGGUGGGUGAAAUUCAGCCAUUACGGGGCCUGUGGGAGGAGAUCGUCUCGCCCUGCGCUGUGCUCCAGGAGCAAUACCGCACUCUCCUGACCAGGGUUUCCCAAGGCUGGAGACAUCACGGAGGGAACCUCUACUACUUCUCAGAGAAGAAAAGUUCCUGGGAGGAGGCCGAGCAGUUUUGCGUGUCCCAGAACUCGCACCUGAGCUCCGUCCUCUCCCGGGAAGAGCAGGAGUAUCUUGCCACGGAACUCAGAGGCGCAUAUCACUGGAUCGGGCUGAGCGACCGUGAGGCAGAAGGCUCCUGGCGCUGGGUGGAUGGCUCCAAGUACACGGAGGGGUUUUGGACAGAAAGCCAGCCGGACAACUGGGAUCAGGGAGUUGGAGGGACAGAAGACUGUGUUCACCUGAGCAAACCACGUUAUGAAACAUGGAAUGAUGCCCACUGUGCCCUGCAGCACCGGUGGAUCUGUAAGGCGGCCCUGGGGUAGG